CCCAUUGACGACCUCUUUUUGUUGUUUUCCCCUUUUUAGGUCAUAUUUACAACACAGCCAAAAUGUCUCUUCCUAACGUUUCCUCCGAUCUCGUCUGGGAGAUUGUCCGUCACAACAACUCCUUCCUGGUCAAGCGCAAGCAGGCCGGCGGUGUCCAGUUCUCCCGCGACCCGUUCAACCUGCUGAACAAGCACUCCCGCAAGCACGCCGGUUUCGUCAACGACAAGGCCGUCAGCAUCUCCACCGGCGGUGAGAAGGGCGUCGUCUUCCAGUCCAAGAAGGCCAAGUCCGUCAACCAGCCCGCUAAGGCUGGCCACAAGACCACCUUCGGUGGCCACAACCGCAAGACCUACAAGAACGUUGCCAACCACGUCGCCAAGGGCGGCUACCGUCCUGACCUCCGCCAGGCCGCCAUCGCCCGCGCCUCCGCCAUCAAGAAGUCCCAGAGGCCCGUCAAGCCCGACCAGGAGAAGAAGCUGCGCGGCAACGCCGCCAAGCGCGCUGCUGCCUCGGAGUAAGGGAUGAGAUGAUUUAGAGGGUAGGGGGGGUUUCGGGUGAAAGAGCUUGACGCCUUGAGGUACACGUCUGGACAAUUUGAGUCAGUAGAGGCCAGGACAUUGCAUCUGAGCUUACGGGCUACUGCCAUCCCGGUCCUGCUAAGAAGUAGGGACAAUGAGGAGAUAUGUGGCAUUUUGAUAUCAAAAGGAGUCAAUGGUCAACGGACGGUCAACAGUCAGGGUCAAUUCAAACGACGCUAAAUUUCACCUG